AAGUUGCAGGGCUGGCAUGCGCAAACGUCGGGCACCUACUUCCGGAGUACGUUCAGUUGGAAACGAUAAACGCAGAAAUGAGUGACAGUACAAACGACAACACUAAAAGCACCGCAGAGAAAACGGAAAGCGAUGCUGCAACGCCAAAGGUCCACUCUGCAAACAGCUGGGAGAAGGCAGAUCUUGGGGAUGCAGACAGGAAAUCAAAGUUCCUGAGGUUGAUGGGAGCCUCAAAGAAGGAGCACCAGGGCAGAUUUGUAAUUGGAGAUCAGGACACUGCCACGGCCCGGGACAAGCAUGACGUGACGAGGAUGUCAUCCCAGUUGGAGGAGCAGUAUGAGCAAGGCAUGGAACAUCGUCGGAUUGGCGGCCGGCGUGGGCAUGUCGGUCUCGGCUUCCAUGAUGAGGAAAAGAAAGAACAGGAAACCGAGGAAAGCACGAAAGAGGAGAAAACAGAAGAAAAGGAUGAGGAAACAGGAGAGAAAGAACAAAGCAAACCUGAAGAAUGUGAAAAAAGGAAACAAUCUGACGACUCCGAGGAAACUAAAAAUGACAAUGAAAACGAAUCCCCUGCCAAAAAAAUGAAAAUGAAUUUUGUAAAAUCCAGCUCAUGAAGACACCGAGGCACAUUCAAUACACUGGCAUCCUUUAUCAAUCUCCUUUUGAGAAUGUUAUCAUUGUUUCAUCAGUUACUGCGGUCAUCGUGACAAUUCACAGUGUCAUGUUUGUAAUGGCCUUUUCAAUUUCAUUUUAUGACAUUAAUACAAUACUGUCUGUACUGAAUCUCUUGAGAAUUAGUUUGUAGUUAUUUCCAAUCUCAUUAAAAUCAGAUUUUAGUUCUCGCUAUCGCUAAACAAAGAUCUGAGGACAUCCCAUUACGGGUCAUGCCAGAACGACCUUUCAUCCGACCAAUCAAAGCGUAGCUUACCAGAUCAUGAAAGUGAGUCGGAAUGUCUUUUCAAAUCAUGCAACCUCGAAAACGUUAACACAGGGUAUCGCGAAUGACAGUUACGGUCGCACAACUGAUUCCGUCAAAAUUAUCGUCGAUCUCUCACUACUGUGGGAUAAACAUUUGAACGGAAGAGGCGUUGUUAGUCGUUUCAGUGGUCGGUAGAAGUUCUCGAAAGGCUGUUCUGACGUGGCCCGUAAUGGGAUGUCCUCAGAUCUUUGUUUAGCGAUAGAGCUAAGAUCUGAUUUUAAUGAGAUUGUAGUUAUUACUUGGUUUACCAUUCUUUGGUUGGUUGGUAGAAUUUAUGUUUUAAGAAUAGACAUUUCAGAUUAAUUAUUUUUAUGCUUCAAAGCAUUGUCUGCAUAUGCUGACAUGUGCAAUGCUAGUUAAGCAUGUAUCUAGGGUUGUAGAAGUGGUAAACCAAGUUGUUUUAGAAGUCUUACCUAAGUAGGCAGUAGUAUGAGUAGCAUAUUCCUCCAUCACUUCUUGCAAGUAGGCAUCAGACAUUGCCGUGUUAGAUCACACUGGCUCAUGAUAAUUAGUGUAGUACUGUGCAGGUACUGUGCAAUUCUGUUUAUUUCUUGGAUCACUGAUUUUUUCAGGGUUGGACAAAAGACAUCAGCCACGAAUACAUACCUUUGAGUUUUGGACUCUAUAGGUGCAAAAUUUGGGAGUAAAAGACUUGGGAGUUAGGUUGGGCAAGUCUGUGUAUCAGUGUGGGGGACAGAACUCUUAACUCUAGCGAUUAGUGUUGAUGUUUUUUAUGAACCAUUGAGUAAUUACAAAAUAUUUUUGCGUGUGAACGAGGAAACAAUAAUCGUAACUUUUUAUUAUAUAUUUAGGACCAGAUGAGCAGUGAUCCAACAAAUACUAGUAGAUAGAUAUUUACGUAAUGAGAUGUUCAGUGGGAUCUUCCUUAUUGUCCAUGUGGUAUGUUCUGUGUACCAUAUCUCUCAUUUAAAGCAUGCAGUAUAUGGUCUGUAUUACACAUGUAACCUUGGUAACAUGUGUAAUAUAUUCUGUAUUACAGGUUCAUAUUGGUCUGCAAAGGUGUGGUGGGGUUUGUAAACAUUGUUCAGGAAUGAUUUCUAGUAAUAUCUGUUUUGAUGGUAUUGAUCUGGGAUCCUGUUAUUUCCUCCGUGUACAAGACUGACUCACUUUGAAAAGUCCCUUCACAGUGUCUCUUUACAUCAAUGCAGUUGUUGCCGAGGAAUUCUUUGAGCCUGACGGGGGCACGGGUGGCCCAGGUGUCUAAGAUGCUGCAAUUCGCUGUGCAGAGUUGCGUCCCUUGUUCACGCCAGAAACCUAUGUUUGUGGGUUCGAAAUCCGGUUCGCCCUGAUUAUAUUUCUAGGUUUGUCAACACCUUAUCCGUGCUUGUGGGUUUCACCGAAGUGGUAAACGUCUGAGACCUGCAUCACUUCAGGCUUACCUCCCACAUUAAGCUGACACGCCGUGAUAUAACUGUUAAGAGUGGCGUUAAACCCAACUCACUCACUCACUCACUUUAAGCUGACCAACAAUGAUGAAAUGUGUUUAAAUUGUUUACAUUUGUUAAUGUCUUCAAGCAUGUCAAAGGGAUAAUUUGUAGCAAGUUUAUUACUGUUGCUAGGGUUACCACAGUGUCAUGUGACCAAUAUCAACCAUUCUUAUUUGUGUCUGAUAUCAGUUCAAUCACAAUUAUCAUGUUAUCAAUUUGCCAUGAAAAUCCAUGAAGAAUAAAAUCAUGAGUAUUUCUAUAUGAAACUGUUUUAAAUUGCCA